UAACCUACAGAAAUAGUGAGGAUUCUCUUCUGGAUUGCUAGGACACAGAAGACCUUACUUUGCUGCUCCAACAUUCUUUCUUUCUUCCAAGAUAGAAAUCUGCAGCAACAGCAGUGAUUUUUCUCAAUCAGUAACAGAACAAGUCACAAUGGCCUUUCUUAAGGAUUUUUCUUAAGGAAUCAGGGACUAACAACCAUUCUCCUGUCUGCUGACCUGCUAGUCACAUUUUACCUUUGUGAGCUGCCUCUGUGUCUUUGAUAUACCCAGAUCUUCCACAGCCAAACAGAACAAAUGAAACUUCUUUUUAAGCUGGCUUCAGAAGACCCAGGUUCUGUUUGACUAUCACCUUUUUGGAUAAAUAUUUUGGAGUUCAGGAUGAAUAAGACAAAGGCUGUUAAUGAUGGCUUUCCUUUCCUGAACAGUAAGAACUGGAGCUCAAACCGAAGCUUCCCUGUGCAGAUUUCUAAUCAGUGCAGGAACAUCACUGACCUUACUGUCUUUCUGGCCACCUCUUACAGCUUGGAGACUGUCCUAGGCAUUGUGGGAAACAUCUGUCUGAUUGCUGUCAUUGCCAAGCAGAAGGAAAAGGCCAAUGUCACCAACAUUCUAAUUUCCAACUUAAUAAUUUCAGAUUUGUUUAUGUGUCUUGUCUGUCUGCCUUUCACCAUUGUUUACACCAUGAUGGACUACUGGAUAUUUGGGGAAGUCAUGUGCAAAAUGACCUCUUUCACUCAGUGCACAUCUGUGACAGUGUCAAUUCUUUCCCUUGUCCUUAUUGCUCUGGAAAGACACCAGCUCAUCAUAAACCCGACUGGCUGGAGACCAAGUAUCUCCCAAGCCUAUCUAGGAAUUGGAGUGAUUUGGACUUUAGCAUGUCUCAUGUCCCUACCCUUUUUGACCACAUCCAUCUUGUCUAAUGAUUUGUACAAGCAGCUCUCACACAUCAUGAAUUUUUCCACUGACAAGGCCAUAUGCAUCGACUCGUGGCCUUCUGAGCAACACCGACUUAUCUACACUACCACUUUACUGCUCUUGCAAUAUUGCAUCCCACUGUUCUUCAUUAUACUUUGCUACCUGCGUAUCUACUUACGUCUACAGAAGAGAAAGGACAUGUUUGAGAAGAGUGAAUAUAGCAACCGAGCAGUUCAGCUGCGAAGGAUAAAUAUUUUGUUAGCAUGCAUGGUUGCUGCUUUUGCUGUUUGCUGGCUACCACUGCAUGUCUUCAACACCAUUGUUGACUGGAAUUACAAAAUCAUUUCACCUUGCUACCACAAUCUAAUCUUCUCAUUGUGCCACCUGGUAGCUAUGGCUUCCACCUGUGUCAACCCUGUUAUCUAUGGUUUCCUAAACAGCAACUUCAAAAAAGAAGUAAAGUCACUGAUUCUGAGCUGCCAGCAUAAUUCAGUAAAUGCAUCAAUGGAAGAAUAUGAUCAUUUGCCUUUAUCCACGAUGCAGACUGAAAUUUCCAAAGGCUCACUGAUGUUGAACUGCAGACAUAAUUCUAUCUAGUUAGUAGACAGCAUUUCCUAGGGAUGCACUAGACGUCAAUUAUUACCUGUAGAUAUAAAAAGCAACUGGUGAUGCCAUAGCUGGGAUGUGAACAGAAACUCAUUACUGCUUGAUUUUUGGAAGAGCAGGCAAAGGAAGAUUGUCAAUGUAUACAGUAACUCCUACAGUACACAAGUUGUUCAUGUCAUUCAGAGGGUAUAGACAUUAAGACUGGGCUGAUGGAUAUGUGGCUGCUCUAACAGAUCAGUAACUAAGCUGUGGCUGCACACAGACUGACAUGGAGUUGAUCAGCCAAGCUCACACCUCUACCAUGACUGCAGUAGAAACCCAGACUUCCAGUUUCAGCACUGCCAAAAUUUGUAUUAGACAAGACUGUCUGUUUUUCAGUAUUAGCAAGAUUUUUUUAUGCACAGCUGACACACCAGUGGAACAGAUAUGUAAAUAUAUAAAUUCUUGUGCUUUACCAACUUUUAUAGACCAUUAGGUCACAGUAAUCUUUCAGCAGAUCUAGUUCACAACAAACAACUGGAUGUUUGUAUGGAACUUCUCUCUCUGUCAUAUAGGCUUGGGAAUAGCCAUUGCUUCUGCAAGUAGGGACACAGAAUUUGGUAUGUAAAGAAGACAGUUACUUAUUGAGGGAUGGUGGCAAAUGAAAAUGUUGCUCAGUGAAUGAAACUCGUAAAGCACAUUGAGGUGAAGCGGAGCACUAUUUUUAAGGAAAUGAAAAACAGUUGUAGAUCUACAUGGAAACAAGUCUGGUUGACUUUGCAAUUCCUGCUGCUGUCAGUCACAAAGCUCUGCAAUGCUAAAACUGCAUACCACAAUGGUACUAGGUGGCUGGAUUGAUGGAGCUGUUCCAGGUCUUGCUAGCAAGAUGUCACUUCUGCUUCAGCAGUUCCUUGGUACUUUAAUUGCAAAGUAUCUCAUUCACAAGGUCAGAAGGGGCAAAAAAACAUGUUGUGGAAACCAUUUCUUUUGAGAGUGGGUAUGUUUCCAAUGAAAUAAGCAUGUGCAUGGCUUUUCAGUUUUCCAUUAUAAAAGAAAACCAGCUGUCAGAUACCGGUCCCACUCAUUGGCAUCAGCAACAGAGAUGGAGCUGAAAUUUCAACUAACCAGUAGAAGGUCAAUGAAAAUAUACAGGUCAGGUUGAAGCCAAGCUUCAUGUAAAUAGUAUUGUCAUUUGCUCUACUACAGUGAGGGUCAUGUUUUUUCACAUCUGUGGCAUUUUUAGUCUUUGUCCACGAAACCUACAAACCAUAAACUCAUUUUAACCGCUAGAGCCAGAGACGUUGCUCCGUGACUACUGAGAAACUGAGAAGUAGGUAUGCCUAAGAAGUCUGUAUUGAGGAAUGGAUUAAAAAAACAAAAGGCAACAAGUGUAAAAAAGAGAACAACCAGAUCAGUGCUAAAGAGAUACGACAGUAUAUUCUGUCCUAGGUUGUUAAACUAACUUUAGCAGAAAACUGGACUGGGUGACCACCAGAGGUAAUUUUCAACCUGAAUUAUGCUAUGAUAAGGAGUCAUUACUUGUCAUAGUCAGUGGGUUUGCAUUGAGUUGAAGCUAUCCAAUGUAUAGUUAUGCAGACAGCUAGAAAUCACAUAGCUGGAAGCUCUCUGACGAGACAAGUCAGUAAAUAGUUAGGCGAGGAAAAAAUUCUUCCUAUGCUGUGGUCUGACAGGCAAUACGGAGAUUGGAUAGAGUAUCUAAAGACAAGAGCAAAACCUUAUGCUAUAAGGUAGCAAAAGCUGUCAACAAGUGUGAGAUCAUAUCUUCAUCUGGCAGAAAUGGGAGUUAAUGCCUUGCCAUGAGUUGGAUGAACAGAAAUCCGUGGUAAAACUUUAAGUUUCGACUUGAAUUCUUGUGUGCAGAGUCUUAAGGCAGAAGCUGUUUUGAUGCAGCCACCUUUCUAAUUCUUGUGUAUCUCAGUAAGAGUUCACAUGUGAUUUCCUUUUGUAUCUUCCUCAGUUAUUUGGCAAGACAUUUUUGCUUCUUUCAAAUGGACCUCUGCUUACUUUUUUACUUUGUUAAUUGCCACAGUAUGAUGAGUUUUUUUCUCUUGAUUUGUAUGCAGUGUCAUUACUAGACUGGACAUUGAGUGUCUUAGAAACAGAACAAGAGGACUCUCAUUUUAUCUCAUAUGCAGUGUCAAAUUUGCUAUUGUAGCUGAAACCAGAGCUGAUACAACCAUGUGAUACUGAGUAGUACAAAAUACAGUAACUCCUCAACAACUUGAUUUAUACCAAAACUUUGUUCUAUUAUUUGAAGCCUUAAAUACUGCUUAAACUUUGUACUGUUUUUGUAUUUAGGAUCAAUUUCAUGCAAUUAGCCUUGAAUAAUUUUGCCUGUAUCCUGCACUUGUUAUAAUUCCAACAUUUAAUUAACUAAGAUUUGUUUCAAGCUACUGUAAGAAUACUCUGCUAAACAUGAACAUAGAAGAUUAUCUGAUUUAUGAUCUUAUGAUCUGGUUAUGAUAAGUAUACAACUUUUCCAUCACCAGUAUCUUCAAUGGAAACACAAAUACCUUUAGAAUUUGUACUUCCAUGAACAUGUCUUUUCAUUAGUUCUAAGUGAAAACUUUUUGAUAGAGCACUUACAGUAUGUCAGCAGAGGCCUGCACUAGAGCUGUGCAUUGGCACUGUGCAUCUGGUCCCAGUUCUUCCUGCAAAGGGUAGAAAUAUCAGUGGGGUCUGACUCUUUGUUUAACUGUAUUUCAUGUGGCUGUUAGUAUCCAUGACCACAAGUAAAUAUGUAAAACAAGCAAAUCCAACUUUACAGUAACCCAGACAGACACAAACGGAUGUAUCUUCCUCUAGUGAUUAAGAGAAGUGUCGUGUUUGAAGUACUGUUUAUUGCUAACAGACUUUGGACUGGAUAAACUAAAGGAUCUAAACACUAAAACCCCCCAAACCACACCCAUAUAUCUAACUGCAAAAAUGCAAAUCCUUGAAAUUCCCAACCAGCUGCUGCCUAUCCAUCUACUUACAUAUCAUCCUGAGGUACAUGGUUUUCAACCUCUAAAAUUCCCUAGGUAGCUAAAUAAACUUUAGAGUAAAUCCAGGAAAAAAAAAUCUAAAUUCUAAAGGAUUAAAUAUCUAUGCCAUGUGUAAUCCCUAAUCUUUAUUUAUACACUAGUUAUCCUGCUGGCACAAAUAUCCGUAACAGGAGAGGUGCUUUUAUCAUCACUUCUUCAUUCUGUGUGGACAUCAAGGCUUAUGCAGCUGUGCACAAACGCAGUAGAGGAUAUUAUGCUGCUAGUUUUUAAGAACUGCUGUAGCAACUGUUCCCUGCUCUCUUUGAAGGCAAAAGCACAAGGCUGGAUACAAAUAUACCUGUAUGGUUGAAAGAGCCAUUUUUGUUGUUGCUUUGAGGCUUUAAUGCAACCAAGGAGGACUAUGUCUCUUUGGCCCCAGCAGAGAGUAACAGAACCAAAAUAGUUUACUUACAUCUUAUUAAUUGUUAAAUAACAAGUAAGGUUCAUAUCUAAGAAGGAUCAAGCAUUUUUGUGUUCAUUGUACACAGUGAUGCUUUUGAGUCUGCUCUUUGCAAAGUUCUGCUACUGGGUUACAAAAGCAACAAUCGGGAAAUAUGCAGCAGUUGUGCAAAUUCGUACAAUUCUAAAACCUUAGCCAGCUUUUUUUUUUUUUUAAAGCUUUUUAUAGUCCUGCUUCUUGCGACAUGUUAUAUAAAGAUAGUAAUGUUUUCAGCAAGAAAACUGCUUAUUGCUAUGAUAUG